UGAGAUGCAUGCUGCAGAGUGUCGGCACCCGCGACAAACCGUGGCUGCCAUAAACGGACUAGCGCAUCUCAUGGCUCGGCCCCGAGACUCGCCAAGCGUUCCAUCAAAAGUUCGAGAGGCUCUCCGCGGACCUUGCGAACGGUGUUGAAGCAGCAGUUCUAGCACAAAAUGAUUGUCCGGAAACUGUGUGCGCGGCAGAGCCGCAGCUUCCUGGCCCUCAACCGGGCUCCGAUGCUGGCGCGCUUCAACUCGACUAAUGUCCGAGUCGAUGUCGCUGUUGAGACGCCCAACGUCGCUGCUCCAUCUCAGCCGGGAAAGAUUUCGGCUGUGAUGGAGGUUCCGGAGGAUAUUAGCUCUCCUGCGCGAGAGGAAUGGAAGAAAACAGUGCAACAACGAAAUCAUUUUCACAGCCUGGGUACGGUUGUGUCUGAGACGUACGAACCUGAAGAUAUCCUCCGAAACCCUCCCAAGCCGUCAGAUAUCUCCCUCGAACUGCUUCUUGCCUCCCAGUCACAUCUUGGACAUGCCACGUCUCGCUGGAACCCGCAGAACUCCCGCUACAUUUUUGGUGUCAGAGAAGGAAUCCAUAUCAUUUCUCUUGAUGUCACGGCAGCCUACCUUCGCCGGGCAGCUAAGGUUGUGGAAGAGGUGGCUGCGAGGGGCGGUCUGAUCUUGUUUGUUGGAACUCGGAAGGGCCAGAAGCGCGCCGUCGUGAGAGCUGCAGAGUUGGCGAGAGGAUAUCAUAUCUUCGAGCGCUGGAUUCCCGGCAGUCUUACCAAUGGACAGCAGAUCCUCGGUCAUUGCGAGAGCAAGGUUGUCAACGCAUUGGAUCAGGAACUGCCUGACUUUAAGCAAAACCUGACCGACCGCCCGGCUCUCAAGCCCGAUCUCGUCGUCUGCUUGAAUCCUAUCGAAAACGUCGUGUUGCUACACGAAUGUGGUCUCAACAACGUCCCCACGAUCGGUAUCAUCGACACGGAUGCUGACCCGACGAAGGUCACCUACCCAAUCCCGGCCAACGAUGACAGCUUGCGUUGCGUGCAGGUGAUCGCUGGUAUCCUUGGUAGAGCAGGCGAGUCCGGACAGAAGAGGAGACUGGAGGCGGCUAAGAGGGGAGAGCUUCCAUAUGAACCUAUCACUAUUUCCGAGCUGCGUGAGAACCCUAUCACUGGACAGCAGUAACGCGGUGAAAAGGAUUAUUACUUGCGCCGGCAAAAAUCCAUUCAAUGACACCUGUAUUUUAUACUAGAACUUUCAGCUUAUACCGGUUUUAUAGUUAUGUCUGAAGAAGUUUGCAAUCAUAUAUCGUUUAUAGUCUUUCUCUGCGGAUGUAGUCCAGCAAAUUGUAGAAUUGAGUAUCCGAUCUACAUCUUCGAAUCGGGGAGCCAUAACCAUUUAUGGUUUCUGUUAGCGCACACAAAGAAUGCAUGCAGACGAUCUAUCAUAUCGCCGAUUACAGC